AUGGUGGUGAGACACUGGAAAAGGUUUCCCAAAGAGGUUGUGGAUGCCCCAUCACUGGAAGUGUUCAUGGACAGUUUCAAGACCAUAAUCUCUUACAUUGAUGAGCAGUUUGAGCGAUAUCUGCAUGAUGAGAGUGGUUUGAACAGAAGGCAUAUCAUAGAUAACCGGGUUCAUUGUUGCUUCUAUUUCAUUUCUCCGUUUGGUCAUGGCCUUAAGCCUCUGGAUGUUGAGUUUAUGAAGGCCAUACACAACAAAGUAAAUAUUGUACCGGUGAUUGCAAAAGCUGAUACGCUUUCUCUGAAAGAGCGAGAAAGACUAAAGAAAAGGAUUCUGGAUGAAAUAGAAGAGCAUGGCAUCAAGAUUUAUCACCUGCCUGAUGCUGAAUCAGAUGAGGAUGAAGAUUUUAAAGAGCAGACCAGACUCCUGAAGGCCAGCAUUCCAUUUUGUGUAGUGGGAUCCAAUCAACUCAUUGAAGCCAAAGGUAAAAAAGUUAGAGGUCGACUUUACCCAUGGGGUGUAGUUGAAGUGGAGAAUCCGGAACAUAAUGACUUCCUGAAGCUGAGGACCAUGUUAAUCACCCAUAUGCAAGAUCUUCAGGAGGUGACCCAGGAUCUUCACUAUGAGAACUUCCGCUCUGAGAGGCUCAAACGAGGCGGCAGGAAAAUAGAAGACGAAGAAGUAAAUAAAGACCAGAUUCUGCUUGAAAAAGAAGCUGAACUUCGUCGCAUGCAGGAGAUGAUUGCGAGAAUGCAGGCACAGAUGCAGAUGCAGAUGCAAAGUGGAGAAGGAGAUAGUGCUGUUCAUGGGCAUCAUGUAUAA